UUUUCCACCAAUCCACAGCGAGUGUCUGCAUACAUUCGUAGAAUGACCAGUAGGAAUCUUUUGCAUACAUACAACUAACGAGCAUAUAUGUGGUGUUUUGUGCUCUUUUAGGUAAAGAAGCACGAUGGAUCUGAAACCGUUACUGAAGAAGCUUGGCUCAACGCUCCGGGCCAUUUUGACAUUCGCCUUUGCUCUGCUCGUCAUGGGCGUAAUGGUGUGGGCCUAUGUUGACGGUUUCCAGUUAGUGACCUCCACGUACGGAAUCAUAUCGUUUGGCUUUUAUGGACUACUUCUCUCGCUCCAUGUUUUAGUCCAGAGCUUCUUCGCCUUCAUUGAGCACCGUCGAAUGAGGGCUCUCAGCAAACCGUGCAGCUUAACUAAAACCAUUGGCUUCACUAUAUCCGCUUACCAGGAGGACCCAGCCUACCUGAGAGAGUGCCUUAACUCCAUCAGGGCCCUCAAGUAUCCUCCUGAGCUGCUCCGCAUCAUCAUGGUCAUUGACGGGAACACAGAGGACGACCGUUAUAUGAUGGACAUGUUCAUGGAGGUGUUUGCGGACCAGGACCCUGGCUGUUUUGUGUGGAGGAACAACUACCAUACAUGGGAUCCCACCCAGGCCCAGCAGGAUGUUGAAAUGGGCGUAGAAGGGGAUGCGGAUCACACCAUAGGCGAAGAUCCACAGCGAAAAGAGGUAGAGCGGCUGAUCCAGAGCAAGAGUUGCGUGUGCAUCAUGCAGAAGUGGGGCGGCAAGCGAGAUGUGAUGUACACUGCUUUUAAAGCACUUGGUUCAUCAGUUGACUACAUACAGGUGUGUGACUCGGACACCAAGCUGGACACUUUGGCCACCGUGGAGCUGUGUAAAGUGUUGGAAAGUAACAACAAGUACGGUGCUGUAGGGGGAGAUGUGAUGAUUCUCAACCUUAAAGACUCCUACAUCAGCUUCAUGAGCAGUCUGAGGUACUGGAUGGCUUUCAACAUCGAAAGGUCUUGCCAGUCCUUCUUCAACUGUGUGUCCUGCAUAAGUGGUCCAUUGGGUCUGUACAGGAACGAUCUCCUCCAGCAGUUUUUGGAGCCCUGGUACAAUCAGAAGUUUUUGGGAAGUCACUGCACAUUUGGUGACGACAGACAUCUUACCAACCGUAUGCUGAGCAUGGGCUACGCAACAAAAUACACAGCCCGCUCCAAAUGCUACACAGAGACCCCUGCUCAGUUUCUGCGCUGGCUCAACCAGCAAACUCGCUGGACAAAAUCAUAUUUCCGUGAGUGGCUCUACAAUGCAAUGUGGUGGCACAAGCACCACCUGUGGAUGACCUACGAGUCCAUCGUCUCAGGCGUCUUCCCGUUUUUUGUCACCGCCACCAUCAUCCAGCUGUUUUGGACAGGCACGCUGUGGGACAUCCUCUGGAUCCUGUGCUGCAUUCAGCUGAUUGGGUUGGUGAAAGCAGCCUACGCCUGCAUCCUCCGCAGAGACUUUGUCAUGGUGUUUAUGUCCCUCUACUCGGCUCUGUACAUGACCAGCCUGCUGCCCGCCAAGUACUUUGCCAUUAUCACCAUGAACAAAAGCAGCUGGGGGACGUCAGGCAGACGCAAGAUUGUUGGAAACUACAUGCCUCUUCUCCCUCUGUCGGUGUGGGUGGCCCUUUUACUGAGUGGGUUUGCUUACACAAUUUACCAGGAGACUCGAGAAGACUGGCUCACUCCAGCCAAGCUACUGGAGACACGGUUCAUCAUCUAUGGCUGUGUGGCGUACACCUGCUACUGGCUGCUCAUGAUUUUUCUCUACUGGGUGUGGUUCCGCAAGUCGUGUAGGAAACGCGUCCAAAGUUACGCAUUGAAUGUGUAAAUCCAAAGUGACCUUUGAAGAACUGAGAAAUGAAAAAAUAAUUUAUUGAAACUCAACCACUGACCUUAUUUUAUUAAGUGGGUUUGAUUUAUUUAUUUAGUCUAAUAUUUCAUUGAUUAAUGGACAGGUGUGCUGCUGCUAAACCAACAAAAAUGGAAAUAAAGGGAAUGAACAUUAUUUAUAUUGAUUACAAAAAUCCCACAAAUAUAUUGAAGGGUAAGUGGAGGUGUUGCACAUUUAAAUUAAACUGUACUGAGGGCUUUUGAGCCCAUGCACUUCUCAGGUUUCUCUUUGUCAGAUUAUGGUGAAUAAGAUGACUUUCCAUGAGACAUUUGUUCAUGAUAUCUGAGUUGGGAAAACUGCAAUUCAGAUAUAUUUAAAAAAUAUUCAGAUAAUUUGUCCAUGUAGGUGAACUUAGAUACAUUGAACAACACGAUGAACUCUACUUUCUUGACUGUGUCGGUUUGUAACCAUAGAUUUACCAAUGUUGUUGUUAUUGCACUGGAUCCUGGGGGACACGUUCUUUAUUUAUUCAUUUACUUGAAAAUACCGGAAAUGGUAAAGUUUUUGCGCAGUAGGAAAAAUGCACAGGCAGAGAAAGUGAAACUGUACCUCGAUGGGAAAACCAGGCAACAAUAAUAAUGGCCAUGGAUACAAAUGUGGAGUCACUUACUGAAAACUAAACCUUUCAUGUAGUUGCUGCAAAGUUCUUUAGCUUCAUACUACAAAGGAAAAUGGACGUCUGUUGCUUACUAUUUUGUAUGUAAAUAUUUUAAGCAUUAAACUCAUUGUACUGUCUGUAAAUUGCCUGAAUUUUUUAAAUGUUUUUUGAAACGUGUACGGAAAUGAAAAAGUAAAAUAUUUUUCUAAUGUUUACUGUCCUGUUUUCUUUGGACCAAGAUCACAUUAUAUUUAGGAAAUAUAUAGGAAAAAACACCUGACUUGGUAAAUCAGUCCACAGUUACAUAAUGUAGUAUUUGUACAGCUGACAAAAUAUUACUUGAUCUCAAAUUUUGUUUCAUGCUCCACACAAGCCUCUUAAACACAAAACCCUUCUUUAGUAUUAGCAUUAGCAUUGCUAACAUCAGUGGGAAUGUCAGUGAAUGCCAAAAUUAUACACUUUACAUUACAUUAUCUGCAGGAUUGACUGAGAAGGGUAUGUUAAAUUCACAGCAACCUCAAGUGAACUGUUGUUAAUCUCCCUGAGCCGCAAACUGGAAAGCCCGAAGAGAUGAAUUCUCAAAUUAUAUGUGUAAGUAAAACUAUUAAAGUGAAGAGUCUCUGCCUGAGUUCAGAGGCUCCCAUGUCUUAGUUUCUGGCUUUUAAAAAAAUGCGGUUUUUGUUAUAGAACAAUAGAACUGGUGUUUCGUGUUACGUGGUGUUGUGUUUUGUGAAAUUUGUUAUCUUGUGAUGUGAGUAAAUUUCCAUUAUUGGAAAAGUUCAUUAUACACUUUCCAUAAAAAGUUCAUACAAUAAAACCCUAAUGCAGCUUAAUACUGUAGAAAAUAGUUAAUAUUAGGUAAAUGUUUAAUAGCAGGGUAAAGCACAGGGUGUGAGGAAGUCUUUAAGCAAGACAGACAACCUGUUAUGAGUAAUUUAAGUGGAGGGCGUACAGCAUUCUUUUUUUGACCUUUGAGUGAAUGAUAAAGAUAAGAAAUUAUCUCUGUUUUAAAUGGAAAAAAAGCCAUACAUUUAGGGUGCAGCUUGCAUUUUUGGGAGCAGUAAAUGUUUGUUAUCUGGACGAUUGUGGGGCUGUCAUUUAAAGGAGGACAAAUGUCACCAUAUACCAACACAAAUCUGAGGGACUGAAUAAAUAUUUAUGUUUUUGUCAAGUGCACUUUUGUCAAUAGCCUUUUUGUUUCUGGGGAAAAGAAUAAAUAAUCUACAUUCUGAUGUUGAGUGUGAAUGAGAAUGAUACCCAACGGAAAGUUUAUGUUAAUAACAUUUUUGCAGUGGAAAAUCAGGAGUAAAUGAACAGCAAGUGGAAAGGAUUAAUUAUAUAAUUUUAUACAGCAAUGUGUGCCUCACAAGGAAAAUAAGUUUGUGUUGUUGACUAUUCUUUAGGCCAUGAUAUUGUGUUUUAUUUGUCCAGGAUCCAUGUGACA